CUAAAAUGACUGUGUGAAUUCAGUGGAAUAAAUGGCGUCCAAAGUAACUGAUGCUAUAGUCUGGUACCAGAAAAAGAUUGGCGCCUAUGAUCAACAAAUAUGGGAAAAAUCUGUAGAGCAAAGAGAGAUAAAGGGUUUGAGAAACAAACCAAAGAAAACAGGACAUGUGAAACCAGACCUCAUAGAUGUUGAUCUUGUGAGAGGGUCUGCUUUUGCUAAAGCAAAACCAGAAAGUCCUUGGACAUCUCUGACCCGCAAAGGCAUUGUGAGAGUUGUGUUCUUUCCGUUCUUCUAUGGCUGGUGGCUCCAGGUGACAUCAAGGGUCAUCUUUUUCUGGCUGCUUGUUCUGUAUCUACUUCAAGUUGCUGCUGUGGUGUUAUUCUGCACGGCGCGGAGCCCACAUAAUAUACCUCUGACUGAAGUAAUCGGGCCAGUAUGGCUCAUGUUGCUGCUGGGAACUGUGCACUGCCAGAUAGUUUCAACACGAACUCCUAAGCCUCCUCCCAGCACGGGGGGCAAAAGAAGAAGGAAAUUAAGGAGAGCAGCACAUUUGGAAGUACAUAGGGAAGGAGAUGGCUCUAGUACCACAGAUAACACACAGGAGGGAACAGUGCAGAGCUACGGUACAAGCACCUCUUACAGUAUUGGCGCUGUCUUCAGAGAUAUCUGGCAUGCUGCUUUCUUUUUAUCAGGAUCUAAGAAAGCAAAGAGCUCGAUAGAUAAAUCAACAGAGACUGAUAAUGGCUAUGUCUCCCUCGAUGGGAAAAAGACAGGUAAAAGCAGUGAGGAUUUUAUACAGGCCCACAGGCAGCCCUGUGAAGUGAUUAAGCCAGAAGAGCCGGGGUGGAGCGCUGCGGCAGCAAAAGCUACCUUCAACAAUCAUAGUCAUCACAAAGAUACUCACAGGACAGUAACAAAUUUGUCAGAUGAAGUUUCAAGUGAGGAAGGGCCUGAACCUGGAUAUUCCCUCCGGCGCCAUGGAGAACGCACUUCCAGUGACUGCACAGUUCGAAACAGGAAAUCUCUCCAUUAUAAGAAACACUAUCCUUUAGAGGAUACAGCUAAAUCGGGUACGAGCUGCAGCUCGCGGUGCUCGAGUUCCAGACAGGAUUCUGAAAGCGCCAGGCCGGAGUCGGAGACGGAGGACGUGCUGUGGGAGGACCUGCUGCACUGCGCCGAGUGCCACUCGUCCUGCUCCAGCGAGACGGACGUGGAGAGCCCCCAGCUCAACCCAGCGGGGAAGAAGGAGUAUCGGGAUGACCCCUUUCAUCAGAGUCACUUGCCCUGGAUCCAUAGUCUGAACCCAGGACUAGAAAAGAUAAGUGCAAUUGUAUGGGAGGGUAAUGACUGCAAGAAAGCAGAUAUGUCUGUGCUUGAAAUCAGUGGCAUGAUAAUGAACAGAGUGAACAACUACAUACCAGGAAUUGGUUACCAGAUUUUUGGAAAUGUCGUGUCUUUAAUCCUGGGUUUGAUGCCAUUUGUCUUUCGACUUUCCCAAGCUAAAGAUUUGGAGCAGCUGGCUACACAUUCUGCCGCUGAACUUUGUAUUAUUGCAUUUGGGUCAAACGGAGACUUACUGGUUCUCUCGAUGGUGGUUAUAAGUUUUGUAGUCCGUGUGUCUCUGGUGUGGAUUUUCUUUUUCCUGCUGUGUGUGGCAGAGAGAACAUACAAACAGAGACUUCUUUUUGCCAAACUCUUUGGUCAUCUAACAUCUGCCAGGAGGGCAAAAAAGUCAGAGGUUCCUCACUUCCGUUUGAAGAAAGUACAAAAUAUAAAAAUGUGGCUUUCUCUCAGGUCCUACCUAAAGCGUCGAGGUCCUCAGCGCUCAGUCGAUGUCAUAGUUAUCUGUUGUGCACAGCUACUUCACAUGCAUGAGAUCUUCCUUGAUUGUCACUACAAUUGGGAGCUAGUAAUUUGGUGCAUUUCACUGACCCUUUUUCUCCUAAGAUUUGUUACUCUUGGGUCUGAAACCAGUAAAAAAUACAGCAAUACCUCAAUAUUACUUACUGAGCAGAUAAACUUGUACUUGAAAAUGGAGAAAAAGCCUAAUAAGAAGGAGGAACUGACACUAGUGAACAAUGUUUUAAAACUUGCUACUAAAUUACUGAAGGAACUGGACAGUCCCUUUAGGUUAUACGGGCUUACAAUGAACCCUCUGCUCUACAACAUCACCCAAGUCGUCAUCCUCUCUGCCGUUUCUGGUGUCAUCAGUGACUUGCUUGGAUUUAAUCUAAAGCUCUGGAAGAUCAAAUCAUGACAAUAUAUAACGAAGAUGAGAUAACACAGUGUUACCGAAAGGCUCAUUGACUGACAAAACUGCCUCAAAGCAGCCACUGAAUCUAUAUUUCAGAAGCUACAACCUCUUCAAGGAUAUUGUGUGGAAAAUUGAAGUGUUUACAUCUGACUUGUGCAAUCUUUGUAUUUAUUUCAUCUUUUUGCUGUUUCAUGUUCAUUUUAGUUGAUACUUGUAU